ACAACUAAGGUAAUGGUCAUGAAUCACUGACAACUAUUUUAUUUAUCUAAUUGCGCCUCAUUACAGCUGGUCAUAUGAAACACAUGUAAAAAGAAAUCAUGUAGUAGCGCUUUCUGUUGGAUUCCUUUUGCAACACGGAUCCAAGGAUCCCGAGUCAUGUUAGAAAAAAAGCAACAACAACAACAACAACAACAACAAAUAGCGCAAACAAAACAACUUUAAUUGUGCAAAUUCCCCCCAAAUAAAUGAAUGAAUGAAUAAAUAAAAUAAGAGUACGUUGAAAUGAACAGCUACAAUUACGUCACUUCCUCCAUGUGGUUUUUGGCUCCAAACUCCCGCCCGGAACUACAACAGUGUUUUACGCAAAUUACAGCACAUUUAGCAAACCCGCUCGGUGGCUUCUUUUUCUUUUCGCGUCUAAUUAUGGCAGAGACAAAUACCGUAGAUUCCCACCUUGACGAUAUUAUUCUCGACGAGGAAUAUGUGAACAAAGCUUUGUGCCAUCUGAUGGGAAGUGAUUCAGAAAACUGCUCUUAUUCUCAGGGUUAUGUGAAGAGACAAGCUGUGUUUGCAUGCAACACGUGCACGCCCGACGCAGCACAGCCUGCAGGCAUUUGCUUGGCCUGUUCCAACAAAUGCCACGAUGGACAUGACAUCUUUGAAUUGUACACCAAAAGAAACUUUCGAUGUGAUUGUGGGAAUCGCAAGUUUGGUGAUUUCCGCUGUCUGCUAAUACCGGCCAAAGAUGAGGAAAAUGUGAAAAACCUUUACAAUCACAACUACUCUGGCUGCUACUGCUCGUGCGACCGGCCGUAUCCUGACGUGGAGGAUCAGGUCAACGAUGAGAUGAUUCAGUGUGUCGUCUGUGAGGACUGGUUUCAUACCAGGCAUCUGCAGUGCACGGUAGCCGAAUCUGAGGAGCUGCUGGAGAUGGUAUGCGAGGCCUGCAUGAAGAAGGCUCCUUUCUUGUGGACGUAUGCCGCUCACUUCUCAGUUUCGUCCGAGGAGGACGAAGAAGUGGAUGUCACAGAAGGAGAAGAAAAGCAGCACGAUUCAGAGUGGAGUAAAGUUAGCCAAGUACCUGACGGUCUUCAGGAACAGGAGGGAGCUGCAACCAGCGCCUUUCCGUGUAAACGGAGCCACGACGACAUGACAGACUGGCCCGGGCGGACAAACAUGGCAGCUUGCAAGCUGAGGGAUCUCAAAGCCCAGAAUGUGCAGAGGGCUCAGCAGGGGGCGGUGUUCUGGCCGUACCAUUGGCGCUCUCAGCUGUGCACCUGCACAAACUGCAAGAGGGCAUACGUAGCCGCGCAGGUCCACUUCCUCCUGGACGAGUCUGACUCCAUUCUGGCCUAUGAGCAAAGAGGCCUUGACCGACCGUUUGGGCAGCACCCGCUGAUUGCCGUGACCAGUUCCAUGAACAAAGUGCAGCAGCUCGAGUUCAUUUAUGGUUAUAAUGAGAUGGUGACUGCAAUGUCUGCGUUUUUAAACCAAUGUAAAGCUGAAGAAAAGGUCGUCACGGCGGAAGAUGUACAUCAGUUUUUCGAGGAGCUGAAGGCCAAAAAACGGCGCAAACACUGAACACUGGUCACGCCCUGCUUUUGGUGAAAACUGUGAGAACUGUGUUUAUGCUGCGACCAAUGAAUCUGGAAGAAAUGGCACGAAUCGUUUCUUUUUACGAUGCCUUAACUGUCAAGUUUACAAAGAAGCUCGUUACUUUUUGCAUGUGUGACCUGUUUUGUUUAGGCACUGGAAGAUACAGUAGACGCUGGUAAAUGUUGAUGUUGUAAAAGUUGUCCUGUUUUAAAGUAAAGGCUUGUCAGCCACUCUCCUGUGAGAAUCGCUGACUACUUUUUUUCAGAUUAAAAAGCCCAUCCUAAUAAAAAAGGCUUCACGUGCGCACCUCAUUCAGAAUAUUCUGGGUUAGUACGACACACACUGACGGCUCAG